AGUUAUCGUAGGGAGGGAAUCAAAUAGAAAAAAAACAACAUGGUGGCCGCAAAUUUAACAUGGCCUGAAAAUUGUAGCCGCGAGCUUUGUCAUACUGGCUGCAAACAUGAAUAAGAUGGCCGUAAUUUAUUGCAUUAUCGCCAUUAACUUCAAUAUCACGGCCACAAAUUUUUACAUCACAGGUGCAAAUUUUGAAAUUCUGGCCGCUAAUUUUUACAUCGUGACUGCAAGUCUUGGCGUGGGAGCUAACUUUUACAUCAUUGCCGCAAGCUUUUGCAUGUGGCCGCGAAUACCUAGUCGCACCAAAUGCUCCCCUUUUGUGAGCACCAAACAUAGCCUAAACCGUAAGGCUUACCCUCGUAUCGAAAAAGAUCAAGACUUUCUCAAAAACCUCCAAAACCCUAGUUUGAAAAAUUCCCCAAUCUCAAGAAACUCAAACAACAUGCUUCGAAUCAAUCGACCUCGAUCUCUCUCCAAUCUCUCCAAAACCAUUCGGACCUUAUGCACUGCCCACGUCUCCCCUACCCCUUCCAAACAAGCCCUAGAUCUCUCUCCUACUGCAACUCAGAUCAACGAUCAGAGCACCUCAGUUCCUCCGACCGAUCCAACGGCCAGAAAGCCGUUGAAUUUUCUCAAAUUCGGCCUCCUUGGUGUCCUAACCGGAGCCUCGGUCACCGCGGGUUACGCCACUUACGCCUACACCUUGGAAGAAGUGGAUGAGAAGACGAAGCCUUUCCGAGUGUCUGUUAAUUUCGCUGUUGGAGAUAAGGCAUCGAGUCUCGAUAAGUUUCAAGGUUUUCUUCGUACUGCUGCAAUGGCAGUGCCAGCUAAAUCCAUUGAGCUUUACUUGGAUCUCAGGAGUAAAAUUGAAGAACAUGUCCGGGGAUUUAGUGAACCUCCCUCAAAUAAGCUUCUUCCAGAUUUGCAUCCGUUGGAGCGGCAUGUGUUUACUCUUGUGCUGGAUCUUAACGAGACUUUAGUUUACUCUGAUUGGAAGCGUGAAAGGGGUUGGCGAACGUUCAAAAGACCUGGAGUUGAGGCUUUCCUUGAACACCUAGCUCAAUUUUAUGAGAUUGUUGUGUAUUCAGACCAGUUGAAUGUGUAUGUUGAUUCCAUCCUUGAAAGGCUUGAUGCUAAGGGGUCAAUACGUCACAGAUUGUCAAGAACUGAAACUAACUAUCGAGGUGGAAAGCAUUACAGGGACUUCUCAAAGCUGAACAGAGAUCCUUCAAGAAUUCUGUAUGUGAGCGGACAUGCACUAGAAUCCAGCCUCCAGCCGGAGAAUAGUGUUCCUGUCAAGCCGUGGAAGCUUGAAGCAGAUGAUACUGCACUCGUGGAUCUUAUCCCAUUUCUCGAGUAUGUUGCCCGCCAUCCACCAGCUGAUAUAAGACCAGUAUUGGCGUCUUAUCAAGGACGAGAUAUAGCAACUGAAUUUAUUGAGCGUUCUAAAGUACAUCAAAGGCGGAUGCAAGAACAGAAGCAGCAUGGCCUUUUCUUGCGGCGUUGAGUCUGGAGUAACAUAUGAAAUGAUGGGGGUCUGAGGAUAUAGCAAAUUUGGGGCGAAUGUAAUUAGGAUUGUGCAACGAUUUUGGACCGAGGUUGUGAAACAGGACACCGUUUAGUUAGUGAAUCAUGCCACCAUCUUUGCUGCAUCAUGCCACCAUUUCUUUGCCUGUUUUUGGUGCCCAUCAAUUUUCACGAAGCUUAAAGGGGUUCCUAGUGAAUCGCAGUUUUGAUUUAAGAUUUCAAUAGCUGUACCUCUAUUCAGUUUUUUCUUUCAUAACAGAGUACCAUUAGAUUGGACGAUCUUGACAUGGUCCUUGCGUAAUUGGAUCUGUGUAGUGUAGGGAAAAAGCGGAUGACAAUUUCCAUCAUAUUCUUCACUAUUUGACUUGGAUAAUAAAAUGGAGUUAGUUACUUUGCUAAUAUGAUGAAUGAAUUGCCAUUUGAUUGA